AUGGCCACAGAAAACGAUAAAAAGAGGUCUUUGGAAGUUGUUUCGCUGCUGCUGGUCCUGCUGCAUCCACCUGCUGCAAAAAAGCUAAAACCGCUUGAUGAGUUGAGCACUGAGGGACCAUUAACACAAGCCGAUGUAAUUUUCUUUAAAAAAGAAGCCAUAUGGCGACAAAUGAAUCAGUAUAAGCAACAAGUACUUCAUUUGAAAAGUGAGGUACAAACUUUGGCCAAAGAAUCGCAGCUACAGAAGCAUAUUGUUGGCGUGUUGACGUCGUGGUAUGAAGAAAUAAUAAACUUGUUUGAUGAGAUAGGCGAAGAUGAAAACAUUCUCGUGUCUUUUAACGAGUCGGAAGUUAGUGGCAGUGGCAGUGGCAGUGGCAGUGGUGAUGCAGUUGAGGGAAAAUUGGAAGCUAUCAAGGCCAAGUUGUCAAAGGCCAUUGCAUCUAAAGUGUCACCCAGUUCAGACUUGGUAUCGUUGAAACAAGUGAGUUUACUUAAGAGUCAGAAUGAAAUCCUAGCGAAGGAUAAACAGUCUUUGACGGAGAAAUUGGAACUUUUACAAUCAGAGUUACUUGACUUGAUAAACAAGACGUCUAGAGAUGAGUCAAUUACUUUGAAGCGUGUUGAUGAUAGUAGAAAAGAGAGUCCCAAUAGUGAAAAUAUAAAAACUGAAGGCCAGACAAACAAGGAAGCUGGAAGCAACAGUGAAGUAAAACCAAGUGCGGCAAAUGGAGAAGCUACACCAACUGAGAAUGAACAGAAUGGUACCACAGCAGUGGAUACAGAGGAAUUGGAUAACCUACAUUCCGAGGUUAAGCAAUUGAAAUUGGAGAAUGAAGAAUUACUUCGACAAUUGUCUACUCUUCGAAAUGAGAAUCAAAGUCUUGAAGAAAAGUACAACUUUCUAGAAACAAAGUUGCACAAUCUUGAUGAAGCUGAUUUAGAAGAUAAUGUGUAUUACAAAAAAUUGCUCAAAAACAACCAAUCAUUACAAGAGCAAAUUAGCAAAGGUCAGAAAUUGAAUGCUGCCAACAUUGCCAAAAUUAAUGAGUUGGAAAAGAACCAAGUUGAUUUGAAGAAGACGUUGGAGACGGAUCUAGUCAAUGAAAAUGAUAGUUUGAAACAACAAUUGAGCAAGAGUGAGCAGGAUUUAGUGAGAAUUAGAACAGCUAGGGAUGAGUUAUUGGCAAAAAAUACUAUUCUUACUACACAACUACAAAAUCAAAAGACGAAUAAAUCGUUGGUGGAAUUGAAUGAAAUUUAUUCAAGGAGAAUAGACGAAUUGACAAACGAGAGAAAGGUUACGGCUACCGAUGCAAAUGGAAGAGCUUCUGGUGAAGAGACGGCUGCUGCUGCUGCUGGCUCCUCUGAAAAUGAGAAGAUAAAGUUACUACGCCAGGAAAUUGAUGAAAUCGAACAAGCUUUUAAACAAACAAGGGAGUUGACGUUUCAAAAGUUGAAUUCAACUAUUGAUCAAGAAAAUCUUUUGAAAAAAUUGACUAUUGAAAAGACCAAAGCAGAUCAGAAAUAUUUUGCGUCAAUGAGGGUAAAGGAUUCACUAACCAAUGAAAACAAGGUGUUGAAACAGCAAGUGGCUAAGUCACAAGAAUUGAUCAAGAAUUUGGGUGAGUUGGAAACCAACUAUUUAAACAAGAUUGAAAUCCUAACCAAGUCUUUGACCGAUUAUAAAAUCAUCAAAGAAAACUCGUUGCAAGAGAAUUUCAAUUUACAAGAUGAAAUCAAAAAUGUCAAUAUAGUCAAAGAUUCGUUACAAAAGGAGAUUGAUAGAUUAACCACCAAGUUGAAAGACUUGCAAUCGGAAUUUGACAAGUUGAAGGAUACAAAUAAAUCCCAAUCAGUAACUAUUGUCCAAUUGAAUCAAAAAUUAAACCACACAGAGUCAACAUUACAAAAGUACAAGAGUAACAAUACAAAUCUAUUGUUACAAGAAGACCAACAACAAUUGGAAGCUUUGAGAUCAAUUGCCAAAUGUUCCGUUUGCACGAAAAAUUGGAAAGACACGGCAAUAACUGUAUGUGGACAUGUUUUCUGUUCCAGUUGUACGCAAGAAAGGUUGGCUGCCAGGUUGAGAAGAUGUCCUAGUUGUAAUAAGGGAUUUUCAAGUAAUGACUUGUUGACGAUACAUUUGUAA